UCGCAGAGCCGCGGUCGCCGGGUGCGCGCUCCAUGCUCGCGGAGUCGUCCCCGGGCACGCGGGCGCGGCGCCGGCCCGGCAGCUCGGCGUACCCCCUCAUCCCCAAAUCUACCUUGAGAUCGACGGAGAAUAACCUUGCUUCCUGCUGGAACUGGAGCAUUCAUCUUUGAUCUCUUUACUCUUGUGUAAUCCCAGAAGCCUGGGGUUUCCGAAGCUGAGCAGCAGGUGCCUGGUUGGUGCCCAGUCGCCGCCAGAAGCCAAGCCUGGUGGGCUCUCAGCCAGCUACCGAGUACCAUGGACCGCCCAGGAGCACCUGUCCCCAGAGCUGGCCAGUCCCACCAAGUCUGCAGGACUGGGAACCCGGGCUUCACGCUCCACACCUGAGGCCUCUCCCUUCGCCUCUUCUCCCCAGGUGCUGUCAUUAGUUCCAGCCCAGUAAAGAGCUGCUGGGGCUGGAUGGACAGUCAUGGGGGAGCCCAGUAGAGAGGAGUAUAAAAUCCAGUCUUUUGAUGCAGACACUCAGCAGCUGCUGAAGACAGCACUCAAAGAUCCAGGUGCUGUGGACUUGGAGAAAGUGGCCAAUGUGAUUGUGGACCAUUCUCUGCAGGACUGUGUGUUCAGCAAGGAAGCAGGACGCAUGUGCUACGCCAUCAUUCAGGCAGAGAGUAAACAAGCAGGCCAGAGUAUCUUCCGGCGUGGGCUCCUCAACCGGCUACAGCAGGAGUACCAGGCUCGGGAGCAGCUGCGAGCACGCUCCCUACAGGGCUGGGUCUGCUAUGUCACCUUUAUCUGCAACAUCUUUGACUACCUGAGGGUGAACAACAUGCCCAUGAUGGCCCUGGUGAACCCUGUCUAUGACUGCCUCUUCCGGCUGGCCCAGCCGGACAGUCUGAGCAAGGAGGAGGAGGUGGACUGCCUGGUGCUGCAGCUGCACCGGGUGGGGGAGCAGCUGGAGAAGAUGAAUGGGCAGCGCAUGGAUGAGCUCUUUGUCCUGAUCCGGGAUGGCUUCCUGCUCCCAACUGGCCUCAGCUCCCUGGCCCAGCUGCUGCUGUUGGAGAUCAUUGAGUUCCGGGCAGCCGGCUGGAAGAUGACCCCGGCUGCCCACAAGUAUUACUACAGUGAGGUUUCUGACUAGUUCUCCAGAUCAAGGCUUCCUCACCAGCAGCACUGGCCUUUCUUGCACCCACCUUCCCAGACUUUUUCCCUUUUAGACUUUCCCAUCUCCCGGUGAGAUAUUCCCCACUUACACUGUGGUCCUGCCCCAAGCCCUUCCCCUCCACUUUCGGCUUGGCAGUUCCCACCAAACAGACCUGCUCACCAGGCUCAAGACUGUGCCCCUUCCCCCACAGUCCCAUCAGCCUCUCUCUCCCACCACCUUCUACCUGGGCUGGGCAGAGAGGGUCAACUCCUAACAAACAACCGCUGCCCUGUGUAACCAUGGUGCAACAGCUGCCUUGGUGCCUCAGUUUCCCCAUCUGUAAAAUGGGUAGCCACAGCCAUUGGUGGGAUGCUUUGGGAUGUCAAGGGGCAGAGGCAGAGCACAAGUCACACCAGAAACUCUUUUUUAUACGUUUUAUACAAGGACCACUUUGGAAAGGAGUGUAUUUCCUCCAGUCAGUUUUAAUGAAUGCUAGUACUAGAUCACAUGCUACAGCAGUUCAGUGUGAGAAUUUUCUAAUAAAUC